ACAGGCGACCCGGAGGUGCCUCGUGCCGCACGCGAUCCAGAGGCGCCGCACGCCGCUCGCAACCCAAAGGUACUACAAGCUGCACGAGACCCAGAGAUGUCUCACGCCACACGCGAUCCAGAGGCGCCUCAUACCACACGCGAUCCAGUGGCGCCUCAAGCCACAGGCGACCCAGCAGUGCCUCACGCCGAGACCAGGGUCGGGGACAAGAGGCCAGAGAUCACCAUGGCAGAUAAGCGGCACCAUGUAACACUCUACUCACUGAACCAGGACCAAGAAUGGGAAGAGCUAGGCACCGGACACAUCUCUUCCACUUACGUGGAACGCCUCCAGGGCGUGUUUCUGCUAGUUCAGUCUGAUUCCCAUGGCUCACUAAUCUUGGAGUCGAAGAUAAAUUCUAAUACGCCUUAUCAGAAACAACAGGAAACGCUGAUUGUUUGGUCUGAAGCAGAGAACCAUGGUAUGGCGUUAAGUUUCCAGGACACUGAAGGUUGUCGCCAGAUCUGGGAAGACAUUUGCCGGGUUCAAGGUAAAGACCCAUCCGUCGAAAUCACGCAAGACCUCUUGGAAGAAUCUGAAGACGAACAACUGGAUGACAUACUGGAAACUAAUACUGUGCUUGUCCUGCCUAACUGUGAACUCAGUAAACUUGAAGAGAUUUCUGACCUAAUUACCUCUGUUCUCCUUUCACCGAUACAUAAGGAAAGACUGGCUCUGAUCUUAGAAAAUGAGGCCUAUAUUAAAAAUUUGCUGCAGCUGUUCCGCGCUUGUGAGGACCUAGGAGACAUCGCAAACUUACACUAUUUGUAUGAAAUUAUUAAAGGCAUCUUAUUCCUUAACAAGACGGGUCUGUUUGAGAUCCUGUUUUCUGCUGACUGUAUCAUGGAUGUGGUGGGAUGCCUCGAGUAUGACCCUGCUUUGGCUCAGCCAAAAAGGCAUAGGGAAUUCUUGACCCAAAAUGCAAGGUUCAAGGAAAUUGUACCAAUAACAGACUGUGAACUUAUGCAAAAAAUACAUCAAACAUACAAGGUGCAGUACAUUUAUGAUAUCCUUUUGCCUAUACCAUCCGUGUUUGAAGAGAACUUACUCUCUGCUCUUACAGCUUUUAUUUUCCUCAACAAGGUCGAGAUAGUCAGCAUGCUGCAGGAAGAUGACAACUUUUUGCCUGAAGUGUUUGCACAGUUAAGGGAUGAGACUAUAGAUGAUGAUAAACGGCGUGAAUUGCUAUUUUUCUUCAAGGAAUUUUGUGAUUUUUCUCAGACAUUACAUCCUCCAAGGAAGGAUGAGCUAUUCAAAACUUUGACAGAAUUGGGAGUUCUUCCUGUUCUUAAAGUUGUGAUGAGCAUGGAAGAUGUGCAAAUAAGGUCAGCUGCUACUGACAUAUUUACUUACCUUGUGGAGUAUAGUCCAUCCAUGAUUCGAGAAUUUAUUGUGGAAGAAGCCCAGCAGAGUGAAGACGGUAACCUUUUCAUUAAUUUAGUAAUUGAGCAAAUGAUCUGCGACAAUGAUCCUGAGCUAGGAGGUGCUGUUCAUCUAAUGGGACUUCUUCGUGUUCUACUUGAUCCUGAAAACAUGCUAACAACAUCUAAUAAAUGUGAGAGAAGCGAAUUUCUGAAUUUCUUCUAUAAGCACUGUAUACAUAUCUUCAUAGCACCACUUUUUGCCGCCACUGCUGAACGUAUACAUGAAGAGGAUAAUACAGCUGGAUCCGACCAAAACAACAGAAAUUGCCUCAAUAAUUAUCAAACAGCACAGCUGCUUUCUUUAAUUUUAGAGCUGCUCACAUUCUGUGUGGAACAUCACACAUACUACAUAAAGAACUAUAUUUUGAGCAAAGACUUGCUAAGAAGAGUCUUGAUCCUGAUGAAUUCAAAGCACACUUUCCUGAUCUUAUGUGCUCUCCGCUUUAUGAGAAGGAUGAUUGACCUUAAAGAUGAACUUUAUAAUUCUUACAUCAUCAAGGGAAAUCUCUUUGAACCAGUUGUCAGUGCUUUCCUGGAUAACGGAACUCGGUACAAUAUGUUAAAUUCUGCUGUUAUUGAGCUGUUUGAAUACAUAAGAGUGGAAAAUAUCAAAUCUCUGGUUGCACAUAUAGUUGAAAAUUUUUAUGAAACACUUGAAUCGAUUGAAUAUGUUCAGACAUUCAAAGGAUUGAAGAUUAAAUAUGAAGAAGAGAAAGACCGGCAAAGUCAAAUACGGAAGAAUUUACAUUCUGUAACGUAUAGUAAAAUAUUUCACAGAAGUGCCAGAGUUUUGGAGAAGAAGGAAGAAAGAUGUCUUAAAGAAAAUUCAGAGGAAAGAGAAGCAGUUAGGCCACCACUGGAAAAUGAUUUUCAAGGUCAUUAUGAUAAAUUUGUGGAGACUAAAAAACCAAAAGAAAAUGAAGACAGAGUAGAUCUUCAUAAGACAGCAACUUCUGGUGGCUACAAAAUCACCUCAUCCCAUUCUGCUGGUACGGCUAAUGGAACAAGUAGCCUGAAUGGUCGCAGCAUGGUUGGCUUAGUGAAUCGUCCUGAUGAAGAAAAAGAUAAGGAAGAAGAGACAUCUCCCAGGAAAAGACAACAUCUUAACCUGUAAAACCUUUAGGGGAGAUCCUCAACAUUACUAAACUCUAUGUUAUGAAAGUUCUGUAAACGUCAGUUAGCUGAAAAGUCUGAAUCCAAAAGCUUUCUUAUUUGAAUUUAUAAGUAUACAAUAAGUAGUAAAGAUGCUCAGUGUCAUCACCUAGGAGGGUUUAGUUCCAUAAAAACCAAACUUCACGGAAUUAAAAAAAAAAAAAAACCAACUAACCGGAACCUGAAUGAUAACUUCUUUGCAAGAAAAA